UCUCAAUCCUAGCAGGCGCCGACAGCCGACGAUAACGAUAAAUCAUUAAUGUAGCUGACUAACUAUGGACGAAGGCAGUGAUAAUAAUGCGGCGCGUCAACAGCAGCGAGAUGCUGACUCACAAACGGAAGAGCGCCGGAUCAACUAUUUAACGGCGGACCAGCUCCAGCAGACGAGCAAGCCUGUGGACUAUGAGCCGCGUUCGUACAGCACACAGGACUCGCAGAACUUUUUCGACUUUGACGAUCUGCUGCCCAUGAUUGGCGAGUUUGGUCUGUUCCAGAAGCUGCUGUUUGUCUGCAUGAUUCCCUUUUUUUAUAUUGCCGCCUUUGUGUACUUGCAUCAGAUAUUCCUAACGCUGCCGCCACGUUAUUAUUACUGCUUUGUGCCCGAGCUGUCGCUGAUAAGGGACGAGGCGGAGCGCAAGGAGCUGUCCAUACCCCAGGAGUCGGAUGGCAGCUACAGUCGCUGCCGCAUGUAUGACACCAACUAUACGGCUGUGUUUGCGGCGAAGAAUCGCACGGAGCUGGUGAACAGCUCGCUGUCCACCAUACCCUGUCGUCAUGGCUAUGUCUUUGAUAAGAAGGAUGCCUUUCGCUCCGCUACAGCGGACUUUGGCUGGGUUUGUGCCAACGAUGGCUAUGCCACCUAUGCGCAAAUGAUUUACUUUGUGGGCUCGGUCUGCGGCUGUCUGGGCUAUGGCCACUUGGCUGAUCACUGCGGUCGCUUGGCCGCCUUGGUGAGCAGCUCGUUUCUGGCUCUGGUGGGCGGGCUCUUUACCGUUAUGUGCAAAAGCUUUUGGGCCUUUGCCGUAACGCGACUCGUCGUGGGCGCCUCCUUUGACACCUGCUUCACCAUGAUCUAUAUACUAGUGCUGGAGUACGUGGGUCCCAGGUAUCGCACAUUUGUGGGCAACAUGUCGCUGGCGCUCUUCUAUUCGCCCUUUACCAUGGUCAUGCCGUGGAUGGCUCUGGGCCUGGGUAACUGGCGGCGCUUUGUGCUUUUUGGCUCACUGCCCAUCUGCUUCGCCUUGUUUUCCUACUGCCUGCUGCCCGAAUCAGCGCGCUGGCUCGUCUCCGUGGGCAAAAUCGAUGAUGCGCUCAUUAUAUUGCAACGCAUCUCGCGCUGGAAUCGCAAGCCACUGCCGGAUAAGGUGUGGGAUACGUUUCGCGAGAGCUGCCUGCAGUUCUACAAGGAGGAGUUUGAGGGACGCGCCUUUACCAUUUGCUCGCUGCUGCGGCGUCGCCGCAUGGCGCGCUAUAUGGUCUUGAUGAUUGGCAUUUGGAUGAGCAUCUCACUGGUGUACGAUGGACAUGUGCGCGCAGCCAGCGUGCUGGAUAAGGACAAUGUGUUCAUCAUCUUUACUAUUGCCUGCGCCACUGAGCUGCCUGGCAAUCUGUUGGUCAUUGCCAUCCUAGAUCGCCUGGGACGACGCUGGUGCGCCUUUGCCUUUACCACAUUGAGCGGCAUAUUCAGCUUGGUGGCCGCCAAUCUGGUGCAGCCCAAGCUGGUGCUGUCGGCUGCCUUGGCGGGACGCUUCUGCGCCAACGUCGCCUACAACAUUGGACUGCAGUGGGCGGCUGAGAUUUUGCCCACUGUCGUGCGUGCGCAGGGCGUGGCCUUUAUACACACCAUGGGGUUUGUAGCUAUGCUGCUCUCGCCGCCGGUUAUCUAUCUGUCGCACUUGUCCGGCUCGCUUAUGCUCAAUAUCUUGGGCGCGCUGGGCAUGUUGGGCGGUCUGCUGUCGCUGUUUUUGCCGGAGACACUGUAUCAGGAGCUGCCGCAGACGCUCAGCGAUGGCGAUCAGUUUGGCAAGCAUCAGGGCAUGUGGCAUGCGCCUUGCUGCGGUCCUGGCUCCAAGCCACCAAGGCGAUCAAGAACCGGCUGGCAUCAGGGCUCCAGCUUGCGCACUUUGUCUAAAGAGGAGUACCGCUCGGAGAAGCUGCAUCGCGUUGCCGUCGUCAAGCAACGGAAUGUGGUGCGCUUGGCGGGUACAAUUAGCGAAAUGACGGUCGACAACGAAACAGUGGAGGAAAGUCAUAGAUAUGUAUAAUAUAUAACUCUUAUAAAUGUAGGCGAGAGCCAAAACUAAUUUUUUUAUACACUGAUACCGAAAAAUAGUAAAUGGUAUAUGUAGGAGCAACAACAGUGAGAGAUUGUAUAAGAUAGUUCUCUAUAAAAGUCUUUUCCUAUUUAAAUUUAAUUAAAAAUUGGCUGCGGCUAAA